UGUUCAAUAGAUCCCUAUAUAUUUGGCAACUUUGAGACUCUGGACGGCGGAGACUCUCUGUCUGCGAAGUUUAGGGCAUUUAAAUUUCCUGAAUCUAAUUAUGUUAAGUUUGUCGGCACUGUUAACGUGCCCUGUGGUAACGGACAGUGGGGUUUUGGCAGAAGGAAACGGUCAACCACUGCACCCAUUCCUUCCGAUCCAAACAAAGUGCUUGAAUUACAAAUGUCUACAAUUCUGAAAGUGGAUUACACUCCCGAUAACUGGCAAUAUAUUAAUAAUCAAUGGAAUCUAAUUUUGAGAAUCAAAGAACCGGACGUCAAGUGAACUCAGAUGAAGCAAAACGACAAGCGUUUACACAAAACCAAUUCAAUGGCAUUUCAAUUCACAAACC